AUGAGUCUGACAGAUUUGCCAGAGGAUCUAUCUUCGUCUAUUUUUUCCCUUUCGGAGAUCUUUCCCGAUAUACCUCUAGAUUACAUCCGUCGAGUACUGAAAUCAUACGAUUACAAUGCUGAUAAAGCGACAGAAGAACUAUUAAACUAUAAUCUUUUGGCAUCUGAAGGUGCAAACACAAGUAUCAUAGUACCUACCAAGGGUACUGACGAUGAUAUGUCGACAACAGAGUUGAAUAAGUGCAUUAAGCAUAUUGAAUUUGUGGAAAAGGUUUUACAGAUCUUGAAGUUGGAUACCAAGUACACUGAUUUUGUUACUGAAGUUGCUGCCGCAGACAAAUAUAAAUUGUAUUUCGCAGUGUUUGAUGUCAUGACAAGGUUCAAUGAGAAGGUCAAAUUGAAACACAGUGCGCGUUCCGUACAUAAAAUUGGUGUCACUGCAAAACAGGAACAUCGGGAAGAACCAAUGAAGCCAGUAAGAAGAAGGGUUCAGGGUGGUUACACUUUAUUAAAUAAAGCAGCAUCUGCGAAUGUAACGCCAGAAGUUUUUAGUGAUACAACUCAUAACGUUGAUGAUACUGACAGUUCAGAUGCAGAAUCUGAUGAUGACAACGAUUCGGAUUCACAGCCUGAUACUUUAGAUUCGAAACUGCAGGAGCUGUAUGCUAUAAGAAACAGCAACAGCAUUUUAAAGAGAAUGCCAAGUGCUUUUUUCACUGAAGCCAUGAAGUUUUUCAACAACGAGGUUGAUCAGAUCUUUUACGUGGCUGCAUGCGUUGCUCCCACAAGUCCUCUUCAAGAAGAAAUCAAAGAGCAGUCAGAAACUUUUGGAACUACUCUUGCACAGCAGCUUCAUUUGGAUACAGAUUUAUCCGCCGGAUCUAAGAAAAUACGACGGCCGCAUAAGUCUGGCAACGAGGGAUUAAAGCCCUCAAAAGAAAGUUUUGAAAGAAUGCCAAGGAAUAUUGCAGAUUAUCGAUCUUUAAUUGAUCAGGCCCAGAAAAUGAUGAAUUAUGCAUCGAACACAAGGCAUAACGGCGUUGCUGGAUUUUAUGCAAAAGAAGCUGCACAUCGUUAUGCUGUGGCAAGAGAAUCAUUUGCAACUGAACAAGUUUCUCUUUCACAGGCGAAGAUAAACGAGGCCAAGCGUACAAACAAGCUUGAUCUACACGGAUUCGUGGUUAACAGUGCCGUUGCAUGCUGCAGAAAAGUGUUAGCUGACUGGUGGAACGAUGAGAUUAAAAGUAGAGUUUACCACGGAGACAGUCUGAGAUCUGAGAGGUGUGUUCGAGUUGAGGACUUCGUGCUUGUUACAGGCCGAGGUUUGCACAGUUCAGGAGGUGUGGCCAGGAUAAAACCUGCAAUCAAGAAAUUCUUGGCCUCUAACCAUUAUUUAUACGACGAGGAGAACUCGUACAUCAUUGUAACGGGAAAAAGACUACGCUAA